AUGGCGCCAGAACCUUCCGACGAGGAUGUCUCCAACCUCUGCGCCAUCGCCGAUAUUAGCGAAGCGCAAUAUGGCAAGGUCGUGUUAAAUGCGCUGCGGAAUAGCAGCAACAACCAGAAUCAGGUCAUGAUGGAGAUCUUUGACGACUUGGAGGCCUUUGUCAGGAAAAACACGUGGGAUGAAUCUGCAUUUGGCGCGAGUCGCGAGGGCGAGACCAAUAGCGCUGGUAUUGCUUUCAACGUCGACGCACCCGAUAAUGCUGUCAUCCAGGGCGUCACGCCGCCCCCCGAAUCGAGCUACUGGCCCGGCAGCGGAGCUCCCUCGCGACCUCCUUCGAGAACGAACAACAAGUCGCCGCUUGGACCAAAUAGCUCCGCUCAGGAGGACGAAGACCUACAACGAGCCCUCGCCGAGUCGGCGAGAGAGUCGGGUGUCGCACCGCAAGAAAACGGAAUCAUGGACGGCAUCACCCCGACAUCUACAGCACACUUCGGUCCAGCGAACCGCAACGACUAUGAUCCGAGCAACUGGGCUAUGGUUCCUGCAGGUCCAGCUACGCGCACCCGAUCAGCGCUAGAUCCUGUACCAUCAAAGAGGCAAAGAGCAUCAGAAGCUCCUGCGUUUUUAGUGCAACAACCAAAUGCGCGGAACGCGGGUCACCGUCUGGGUGCGAUCUUAUCCAUCUUUCACGAGAUCCCGCUCUCUCGAAAUGUCCUGUUGCAGACUGGGCGCCCGGCAGAGAACUACGGUCACAACAAGGAGUGGUGGAAAGGCCAGGCCAUCUACCCCGCUCACCUGGCGGCAGCAAUGAAUCAGGGCCAACCGGUGCCCGACGACGCCAAGCCAGACUUCAACGAGGAAAUUCACCGUCUAAUGGCUUUUCUCGACGCGACGGAUCGCAGUUACGGGUCGGUCGAAGUAAUGGCGGACCUUCUCGAUGGAACCCAUGCCGGGCGCGAGAGGCAAUUCUUCGACGUUCUCAACGAAAGCAACGACCCGGAUGUCCUAAAGCCUCUCAUGCAUGAUGCACUGAGCAUGCUCGUCAAUACUUAUGAGGUUGUCGAGAGCGUCGACAGAUUCUCGUUCCUUGACUUUGAGCUUAGUGCACAUCAGUGGUCGCAAGUCGAGAGCUUCUAUGAUGUGUGGGAUUGCUUGGCUUGGGACGAGUCCAUGACAUGGCAAGAGAUUAAAGACGACACAAAGAUGACCGUCUUCAGAGAAAUGGGCGAGAUCAUGACGGUUUUGCUAGAUGGGGACUGCCCUGAUAUCAUUGACAUACCCGAAGCCUGGUACCCCGAGCGAUACUUAGAGGCAAGGAAGGAGGAUGCACGGGCGAUUCAGGAGCAGCUAGCCUGGGCACUCGCAAGGCUUUACGAUGCUACGGCGGUGGAGCACGAGUACAAGAACUGGGACGACCCGGUGACGCACAAACAGCACGACAGGCGCGAACUCCUGGUGCAGGCUGUUGAACAAUACGAAAGCUUCGUCAAGUACCUCACCGGUCUGGUGGAGUUCGAGGAUUUCGCACCACCAAACGAGGAGGUCAGCAAAUUGCUUCAGCUUGACACGCUGCCACCGCUUGCAACAGAGAAGGAGAAGGACAUGUUGGCCCAAUGCGAGCAGGUGCUCAUACGCUGUAAACACAAGCUCAGGGAGCUAGAUGCCAACAUGAACAAACUGAAUGCCGACCGCGAUUACCUCAAACAAUAUCGACGGUAUCUGAAUACACUCCUCACAGACCCUGAGCCGGAGGACGGCGGAGAGCCCAUUCCGUUUCACGGCAAGAAGUAUCUUCUUCGGGGUGUGGCUACUGGGCGAGACAUUAUGUACAUUUGUCGCAGAACUGAGCCUCAGUUGAUCGACCUUGAAGAGACUACACAGCCUCUGGAUCAGUGGUGGCGGCUCGCAUACGUGGCGGGUGAUGAACAACCAGUGCAAGCGGAGAAGGUUGAGUUUAGUGUCGUGAAGGAAAAGAUGCUGAAGGAGUCCAAAAACCCACUGCUGGUCUAUGCAACAGAAGAUGCGCUAAACACGCCACGAGUUUCCCUUUCGGACGAACUUCAGCGGUUUGUGCUGGCGGAAAACAAGAUUUUCCGUCAGGAACUGAGCCACGAAGCAGACGAAGACAACGAUGAGGACGUGCCGUUGAUCAACCCAAACAUCUCGCCUGUCUCGCCGUCCAAACGCAAGUACCGCGCAAACAGCGUCGACUCCAUGGACACCAACCGGGCAUCAUUGGGCAACAGCGAAACGAACUCUAGAGCGGGGGACUUUGACGACAUGGAUGCUUUCGGUAUGAUCAGCGGCGGCAUGGUCCACCACGCAGCGAACACGACAAGUUCAGCAGUACAGUCAGGAGGAUAUUCAGAUCUGAAAGGGCUUAGCAACCAGAGUCAAGACCAACUAUCAGCGACGCUUUCUCGCGAGUCAACGCAUUCAGCAGCCAGCCAAAACACAGCGCCUGCACUAUUCAGCCGCUCAUCCACCGGCCAAACCCUGCAGGAGACAGUAGACGCAGGAUCCAUCGACCAGCCGAUUGAACUCGAGGCGACGAACAACGAGAUCAAGCUGCCCGAGAUGCAGGAGCGCGGGGGCAGUGGAUCUCUCUUUGGCAGUAGACAUGCAUCAGCGAGUUCAGCAUCUGGCCGCCGUGACGCCGCGGCAGAGGCCAUGGAUGUGGAUGCGUCGUUCUCUAGGCAGCUUGACUAG